AUGAACUUUCUAUAUGCUGCCGUCUUCGCCCUUUCAGGGUUCUCAGCAGUGUUUGCAGUCUGUCCUAUAGACUGGGCAGAGUUCAAAGGAGAAUGUUUAUACUUCGGUCAUGACAGGAGAUCAUGGGUUGAUGCUGAGAAUCAGUGUCGAACAUUAGGGGCAUAUUUGGUGACGGAUGAUAAUGCCGAGAAGCACACCUUUAUUUCCAAAAUCACAAGUGUUCUCCAUUCUUUACGACAGAGCGCCUUUUGGAUCGGUGCCAGCGAUUAUACAAUAGAGGGGUCGUUCCGUUGGUUGGAGACGGGGUUUCCAAUAGGGAACUUCUCAGCGUGGGGCGCUGGUAAACCUACCAGGAAUAUCACAAAUAACUGCGUGCGCAUGUUUUACCAGGGGGACCAGUUUAAAUGGGAGGAUUACAAUUGUAACGAUCGGACAACGUAUUUCAUUUGUGAAAAACCGUACGUAUAUCAUACCAGAAAGUAA